UAUUCAACCACGCAUUCAGGAAGACACACAGCACACAACACCACGCACCAUGACAGCCCUUCAGAAACCCCCUCAAAGCCUCAGUACUCUCCUCACGUCCCUCACUACCUCCCUCAACGACGCCCUCGAAUGUCUCCCCCAAACCACCACCAACGGCAAUAACGAAGCUGCCGCGCGCCAAACCUUCACAACACCACCCGAACAUGGCAUAUCCCUCCUCGACACCAAAAACGAGCUAUUCCUCGAGUAUCUGCGCAACUUUGUCUUUCUCAUGCUUGUCAAAAUUCGCCGACUUCGUGGUGGCAGCAUAGCACAAGCAACCACAGAUGAAGAAGAUAAUGAUGUUGGCGCAGACAACCUCCAGCAAGAUAUCGUCAAACACCUCGUCCGUCUGCGUGUCUAUCUCGAAAAGGGCGUGCGGCCGCUGGAGGGCAGGUUGAAGUAUCAGGUUGAUAAAGUCGUCCGGGCGGCUGAGGAUGCGGAGCGGGGGAAAGGCGCGAAUGGACUGGUCAAGGAGACACAGACAGCACAAGCACAAGGAGAGUCUGGAGAUGAUAGCGAUGGCUCAGAUGACAGCGAUUCAGACGGCAGCGGCUCAGACAACGACUCCUCAGACGACGCUGCAUCCGCCACAGACAACCACGACAACGACAACGACACCACCACAAUCGACGACCUCUCCUACCGCCCCAACCCCUCCGCAUUCCGCCGCCCAUCAUCAUCCAUCACCACCCAAACACCCGCCCAACCAACCUCACGCAAAUCCCGCGCCUCACCCACACCCGACACAGGCAUAUACCGCCCACCACGCAUCAACCCAACCGCCAUGCCCUCCUCCACCAACACCCUAUCCACCACAACCCCCAAAUCCACCACCACCACCACCCGCCGCCCCCAAAAAUCAAACACCCUAGACGAAUACAUCACCCACGAGCUCUCCACCGCCCCACUCGCCGAGCCCUCCAUCGGCAGCACAAUAGUCUCAGGCGGCAGACGCAUGGCCUCGGACCGCGAGCGCCGCGAAGACGCCGAGCGCCGCGCCUACGAAGAAUCAAACCUCGUCCGCCUGCCGGCUUUGAGCAAGAAGGAGUUGGCGCAGCGCAACAACGCGCGCGGCGGGCACGCGGGCCAGUUUGGCGGCGAGGACUUCCGGAGUAUUGGGGAGAGCGUCAGUCGGAUUGGGGAGAUGACAAAGGGGGCUGGGAAGAGAGGUAGUAAGGGGGCCUUGGAUCGGAGCCGGAAGAGGGCGCGUGAGACGGUUGAUGGGGUGAGGGGCAGUGGGGUGCAGGGCGGGGAGAUGUUUGAGCGGAAGAAGAGGAAGUUUUUUGGCAAGGGGAGGUAA